AUGGCGCAUUCUUGCAAAGCACAAUGCGGGCUGGAGUUACGUUCAGACAUCCUGCAAGAUCAGAGACUGCAGCAUGGAAUCCACGGAAGAUGCAAUAAUAAAAAAAAGGAAUUGUUAAGAGGUCACAGGGCUGGAAGAGGGUCAGGGUCAAAGGCUGGAAGAGAGUUAGGGUCAAAGGCUGGAAGAGGGUCAGGGUCAAAGGCUCGAAGAGGGUCAGGGUCAAAGGCUGGAGAGGGUCAGGGUCAAAGGCUGAAGAGGUCAGGGUCAAAGGCUGAAGAGGGUCAGGGUCAAAGGUGGAUAGAGGGUCAGGGUCAAAGGCUGAAGUGGUCGGUCAAAGGCUGGAAGAGGGUCAGGGUCAAGGCUGGAAGAGGGUCAGGGUCAAAGGCUGGAAGAGGGUCAGGGUCAAAGGCUGGAAGAGGGUCAGGGUCAAAGGCUGGAAGAGGGUCAGGGUCAAAGGCUGGAAGAGGGUCAGGGUCAAAGGCCGGAAGACCCUUCUGCCUCUAA